AAACACACCUCUAAACUAUAUCUAUUCAUAUAUAUUCUUCUCAUAUUCAUCUCCCAUCAUUCGUUCCAAGAUCAAAAACAAAAAAAAAAGUUGUGCCAAGAAACGUAUAUACAUAUAUAUAUAGGAGUGGGAUCAAGAUGUCGAACAGGGUGCAUGUGGGGAGCAUGGAGAUGGAGGAAGGGUCGGGGAAGAUGAAGGUUCUAGAAGUAGGGGAGAAGAUGAAGAAGGUUCCGAAGAGGCUGUGGGCAGUGGGAAGAGAGGAUCCGAGAAGGGCGAUACACGCUCUCAAAGUCGGCGUUUCAUUAACGCUCGUCUCUCUUUCGUAUCUAAUGGAGCCUCUUUUCAAAGGCAUCGGCUCCAAUUCCAUGUGGGCUGUCAUGACCGUCGUCGUCGUCCUCGAGUUCUCUGCCGGCGCGACACUUUGCAAAGGGCUUAACAGAGGAUUAGGGACACUAAUUGCGGGAUCUCUUGCCUUUUUCAUUGAGUUCGUCGCUAAUGACUCCGGAAAGGUCUUCCGAGCCCUCUUUAUCGGAACUGCUGUCUUUCUCAUUGGGUCGUUGGCGACGUACAUGAGGUUCAUACCAUACAUAAAGAAGAACUACGAGUACGGGGUGGUGAUAUUCCUGUUGACAUUCAAUCUGAUAACGGUGUCGAGUUACAGAGUGGACAGCGUCAUAAAAAUAGCACACGAAAGGUUCGUAACGAUAGCCAUAGGAUGCGGGAUUUGCCUCUUCAUGAGCCUUCUCGUCUUCCCCAUCUGGUCCGGCGAGGAUCUCCACAAGUCCACCCUCUCCAAACUCUCAGGCCUUUCCCAAUCCAUCGAAGCAUGCGUGAACGAGUACUUUGAGGACAAGGAUCCAGAGGACAAAGACAAGGAACCUUCAUCAUCAUCCGAGGACAGAAUCUAUCAAGGUUACAAGGCUGUUCUCGACUCCAAAUCCACCGACGAAACUCUCGCAUUGUAUGCAAGCUGGGAGCCAAGACACACGAGACAGUGCUAUAGAUUCCCAUGGCAGCAAUACGUCCAAGUCGGAGCUGUUCUUCGUCAGUUUGGUUACACUGUCGUCGCCCUUCAUGGGUGCUUACAGACCGAGAUUCAGACUCCGAGAUCGGUUCGGGCCCUGUUCAAGGACCCAUGCAUAAGGUUGGCCAGAGAAGUGUGCAAAGUGUUGUCGGAACUGGCCGAAAGCAUCAGAAACCACCGUCAUUGCUCGCCGGAGAUUCUCUCCGACCACCUCCACGUGGCGCUCCAAGACCUGAACUCGGCAAUCAAGUCCCAGCCCAAGCUCUUCCUUGGCUCCAACCUCCACAACCACCGCCAUCACCACCAAAACGCCGCCGUUUCAGAUACCCACGGCAACAAGAACAGCUCCAAACACCAGAACGACACCAACGCCAAACAGAACAGCGCCGUUUCGCUGUCGAGCGUCAGAACGGACACGUCAGCGUUGUUGGAGUACCGGAGAUCGUUCAACAAGAGGGCAAACGCGAACGCCGAAAUCAUAACGGAGAAGAAGAUGCUUCGACCGCAGCUGAGCAAGAUCGCGGUCAUGACGAGCCUCGAGUUCUCGGAGGCGCUUCCGUUCGCUGCGUUCGCGUCGCUGCUCGUGGAAAUGGUGGCGAGGCUCGACAACGUGAUCGCCGAGGUGGAGGAGCUCGGACGCAUCGCCCGUUUCAAGGAGUACGAUCCGACGGCUGUGGUUAUCCGAUGCGAGAAGCCGCCGUCGAAUCAGUCCGACGUCAUGCCGCCGUGCAACCACGCGGUGGCCGGCGUCGAGUGAGGCACGCCGGAGAAGAGACGGUUCUAUUAAUUACAGAGGGAAAAAAUGUACGUAGUGGAUUUGUCUUAUUAUAGAUUGUAGAAUAUGAGGGAGGUCAAGCCGGGUCGGUAUGGUUGGUUUGGCUCGUGUCUCUGGUCAUAAUCAGAUGGUAAUAUUCGAGGGUUCGGCAAUAAAACAUUAUUUGUAUCCUUCAUGCUUCAA